CACACACAUACACACACACACGCUCGUCCACCCUACGACCAACAUUUUUAGACUAUGUCGUGACCGGAGCGAUGCAAAUGUCACACGAUUCAUUGACUACUGUCAGUCUCCGGCACCAAAACGUCAAUGUUUUGAUGGCGUUUGGAUGAAAAUCGCCCCGUGUUACUCAGCUGCUGCUGCCGCUGCUGUGGAAGGGGGGGUCGGUAGAGAGCCGAGGCUUCGUCGCUUCAGCACCUGGACAGCUCCUUUCGCAGGGUUCCCCGCUGCGCUCGCCGGGGAAACCCUCGACUGAGGAGCAGAACCUGGAUCUGGAGCAGCAGCACACGCAGCCGUCAGUGAUCCCAGCCAGGGGGAGAUUGCGCUCAGAAAGGGUCGUUAUUUAAUCUCGUUCUGAUAACACUUGAAAGCUAAUAUGAUCUUGCCGAGUGACGAUGCUUCUUGCAUUUGAGCUUCAGCCGCCUCUUUGGUUUUGCACUGAAAGCCAAGCAGCGCAAGUGGGAGCAGGGGAAGCAGCAGUGCUCGUCCAAAGUGCUAAGGAUAGCUGCAGCCUACACACACUGCGAGCCUGCUGCUGCUGCUUCACUUACUCUGAUCACCGCCGAGGGAGACAUUACUAUCAGCAAGUCGGCAGCGGGAGGCACAGUUACCCGCCAACAAUGUAAAUCUCACACAGGUUCAACAUGAAAGAAUCAUUGAAAAGGUGAAAAGGUGAACUGCAGCGCUUAAACGGGCAGAACCGAGUGGAAACCUUGUGAUAACCACUACAUCCCUCCUCUCUCCAUCACCCAGGAUCAUGGCUAAUGCUGAGGAAGCGGAGCAGGCAGGUCUGUCAGACUUGGAGAUCAUCUCCCAGCCGGUGGAGGAUGAGAACCAGUGCUUGGCUCCUCCAGUCCAGCUGGUGAGUUUUGGCUACAGAGAUCUGCCCCUCGCAGCUCUGGACCUCUCGCUGGCUGGAUCACAGCUGCUUUCCAAUGCAGAUGAAGACGAAAACAGAGAGGGGUCCAACUGGCUGAAGCCGUGUUGCGGUCAUCGAGUGGCCCUGUGGCAGGUCUGUCUGCUCAGCGCUGGCUUCAACUGUAUCCUGGUGGCCUGUGUCAUCCUGGUGGUGCUUUUCCUGUCUUUGGAGCUGCUCAUAGACACCAAACUCCUACAAUUUUCCAAUGCUUUUCAAUUUGCCAGCAUUAUCCACUGGAUCAGCCUUAUCAUCCUGUCCCUCUUCUUCUCUGAGACUGUCUUCAGAAUUGUAGUGCUCGGGAUCUGGGACUACAUAGAAAACAAAGUUGAGGUGUUUGAUGGUGCUGUCAUUGUGCUGUCCCUGGCCCCCAUGGUGGCCUCCACAGUGGCCAAUGGGCCCAGCAGCCCCUGGGAUGCCAUCAGCCUCAUCAUCACCCUACGCAUCUGGAGGGUCAAGAGGAUCAUUGAUGCUUAUGUGCUACAAGUCAAAGUUGAGAUGGAACUGGAGAUCCAGCAGUGUGAGAAGACCAAGGCUGUGAGAGAGGAGCAGCUGGAGCGUCUCACUCAGAUCUGCCAGGAACAGGCUUUUGAGAUCAGGCAGCUCAGGGCCCAUCUGGCCCAGCAGGACCUGGACCUCGCAGCAGAACGUGAGGCGGCCAUGCAGAUCCACCACGUGUGGGGCAAACAGGGCAGGAGUUUUCAGGUUGUAGAAGGCUUGACUCCUGGGGAGUCUGAUGAUGAGGGCAGCCAGAGAAACCCCAGGGAGCACCAUACCACUGCAGAUCCAGUUGUGCAUGACGACAUGAACAACUACAUCAGCCAAUACUACAGUGAAGCAAGCAGUGAUGCUGCGGCCUCUGGCUUAGGCACUCGGAUCAUCACCAUGGCAGCCAUUGACGUUCACCUCCCCACCAAUACAAAUCCUGUUCAGUCAAACCCAAUGCUGGCGAUGGAGCGGGUGGGCAGCGCUGUAUGUGACGCCUCCACCAGCAUAUUACGGUCCAGUGGCAGCGUGACGGCCCGGCCCCACAGCCUGAGUAGCCACACCCCGGCUUCAUCUAUGACAGACUGCAGCAGCAGCACAGCUCAUGACCUCAGUCUGAGCUACAGCUCUCAUCGCUGCUGCCCUCCUUCCUUCUCAGGCCAAGACCCCUGCAGGAACCCCAGCAUGGUGGUGCAGGAACUACUCUCCUCCCUCUCUGAGGACUCCUGCCUUGCUCAAAAGGGCCUGGCAGUGGACCCUGUCAACCUUAAGCUUCCCAGCCCUACAGGCUCAGAAAAGGCCAGUCCUGAGCUGGACAACAGAAUAAACAUCUUCAACCGCAGGAACCAAGAGGAGAGGCGGGGCAGGGGAAGGGGUUGUGUGCUGCUGCAGACCAAGCCACUGAUCCACCUGCAAGGCAGCACCACUGAGCCAUCCCUGGACGAGAAGUACCGGCUCCUGGGACCAGCUGACACACCUCUGGGCCACAUGCCUGAUACAUAAACUACAUUUACACAGAAACAGAAAGUUUUUUGUAUCUUUUAACUGCCACCGUGUUUGGCAUAUUUCUGACUUCUUGUUGCAGGUUAAACCUCAUGAGAGGGACCACAUAAGAUUUCAGAAUUGGAUUUUUCUGUUGCUGUGUAAAUCCAAUAUUAGCCAAUCCAGAGCCAAGCUUGAACCUUCGCUUCCAGCUAACACUGAUGCUCCUUAACUUGACGUGUUCAGAAGUCAAUAGUAGAAAUGACAAUAACAACUCUUAGGCCCUUUGCCAUACUGUCCAACCUCCCCUGUUCCUCUGUGAUGGAUUUUUUUAAAUCAGAAAUGUCCUGAAAUAGCACAACAAAGACAAUAACAUCCCAGUAACGGGGAGUCCAAUGUGUUCUUGGACACAUUUUUCAUCAGGAAUUCUCACUUUGAAUAGGUCCUAAAUGCACUGAACUUUAAAUGAAUUAAAACCAGCAAGGGGCCAUUCAAGCCUAUACUGAACAAAAACAGUGUUGCAAACCACACACCGUUCUCUGCAGUUAAAAGGAGUGUUUUUUAUCGCAUUGUUCUUGUUAUUCUGUUGCUUUUCAUAUGUAUUAUCAACUUUAAACAUGAAUCAUGCUGUCUUUGUUCAAACAGCCACAGGGUACAUAAGACUGGCUUAACUAUUCCAACAGCCAAUUUAAUUUUUUUUUUUUUUUUUUACCUUUGGCUUUCUGUCACCUGUUUGUUUGAAACCAUGGAACAUCUGACUUUAUUGUUAUUGUGUGGAUGAAAUGAAGAGGUAAGUGAUUGGAUUCUUCAAAUAAUACUAGAUUGGAGUGCUUGUAGCAUGAACCUUUAAAAGAUAUGUGCCCUAAAUGGCAAGCAAAUUCUUUGCACUUUAAUGUUUACAGACACUUUUGUAAACUUGAUAUGGGGGAAGUUAUUGCCAAAUGCAGGUGUUGUCAUUUGAAUGAAAAUAGCAAAAAUAAAAGUUAGUAUUUCCUUAA